AUGAGCGAAUCAGACCAAAAUUCUGGAGAAUCACAGACUAAUAUUGACACUAAAUCGGAUGUUGCAAAGGAUGGCGAAAAGGCGGUCAAGGACAGAGGCAUAGAGAACGUCGUGAGGGCGUACAACGUCCCGGUGGACUUUACCAUCUCAAAACUCGAGGAUUUGAUACUGUCAGAGUGCCCUUCGGUCAAGCUUCGCCAGAUCAUCUCGCCAUCGCUCUGGGAGGAGAAGCUGGACGUCUCGUGGAAGAUCAUUUGCGCCAAUCGCAAGUCCUACGACGCACUCCUGGCCAAGGAGGACAUUUGGCUGACCAGAGACAAGAAGGAUAAGCAGACCCACGCCAUCACAUUCGUCCCAGGAGACGCCCUGGAUAUUGCACAUGUGCCCUCAAAGGUGGAUGAACAAAUGCUCGUUAACGCGUAUAAUAAUGAGAUGAAGCGAAAUGUCCCGAAGAAUGAGGGACUAUGCGACUAG